UGGUACUGCAGCGCAUGUUUUGAGGAGCACGACACCGAGCGAUUCAUUGCGAACGGCGAUCAAGUCUGCGCACCGGUCUUAGAGGAAGUCUUCAAGCGUGCCCUGCUCUCGGAGCCUGAUUUCCCACCAAGAUGGGGCAGGACAGAGCUGGAUCCAUGGCAAUACCGUCGGGUAGUCAACACGCUUUACAUGAAGAAAUAUGAGAAGAAGGCCAAGGAAUGGAGUGUCCCAGAGACGAUGCGCAUUUACUGCCAGCACACUGAUCGGCCACGCCAUUCGGAACCGUGCAAUACUUUUUUGGGCAAGUGGGAGCUGAGCAAGUAUCUCCGGAAGUGCGAAAAGUGUAAUUGGUACACCUGUCUGCGAUGCCGAGAGACCCAUUCUACUUCCGAUGCCGCUGGACGGAAGGCGAAGAUGACGCACGAUUGCGAUCCUGACACUGUGGUUCAAGGACGCGAGGAGGCUUUCAAAGGUCUCGUUCGUGGCAAGGAUUACCAAGACUGUCCAAACGACCAAUGCCGGACGAGGAUCGAGUUGAAAGAAGCCUGCAACCACGUCACGUGUAACUGUGGGACGGAGUUCUGUUAUUUAUGCGGU